AUGCAAAGGAUUUUAAAGAAAUCUCAGGAUAGAUGUUUUUCAUAUGUUCGAAAUUUUAUGAAGAAACCUUCUUCACUUUUAAACACAGAGAAAUCAAAAAUUCAUAAUAUUGGGAUUGUUGCUCAUGUAGAUGCUGGAAAGACAACAUUAACGGAACGAUUUUUAUAUUUAUCCGGAACAACAACAAUGGUUGGUGAUGUAGAUUGUGGAAAUACAAUAACUGAUUUCUUAGAUAUUGAAAGAGAAAGAGGAAUAACUGUUCAAUCUGCAGCUGUAACUUUUCCAUGGAGUGGAAAUAGAAUUAAUUUAAUUGAUACUCCUGGUCAUGUUGAUUUUACUGUUGAAGUUGAAAGGUGUUUAAGAGUGUUAGAUGGUGUUGUAACAGUAAUAGAUUCUUCUGCUGGUGUUCAAGCACAAACAUUGACUGUUUGGAGACAAAGUAAAGAAUUUAAUAUUCCUUCAAUAUUUUUUUUAAAUAAAAUGGAUAAACCUAACAGUGAUUAUGAAAUGGCUAUUAAUAGUAUUGAAAAUAAGUUAGAUAUUAAUGUCGUACCAUUAACAAUUAAAAUAGGUGAAGGAAAAAAAUGUGUUGGAAUUUUAGAUUUAAUGAAUGGCAAAAUUUUGGAAACUUUUGACAGUAAUAAAUGGAUUGAAAUUGACAAGGAUAAACAUAAAAAUUAUUAUGAUUUAUAUUUGAAUGAAAGAGAAAACAUGGUUUCGAAGAUUGUUGAGAAUAAUAAUGAUUUAUCUGAUAGCCUUUUAAAAAAUGGAGUUGAAUUUAUUGAAAAAGAUAUUUUAAAGUCAGAAUUACGUGUACAAACACUCCAAAAAAAAUUGUAUCCUCUUGGUGUUGGUUCUGCACUAAAUUCAACAAUGAGUGUCUUUCCAAUAUUAGAUAUGAUCGUUGAUUAUUUACCAACACCUUGUGAAAGAAAUUUAUUAUCAAAGAAAAUAUUUAAUGACAAGAUGUCAGGUUUAGUUUUUAAAAUUGGCCAUGAUGACAAACUUGGACAAUUAUUUUAUACACGUAUUUACACAGGGACAUUAAAAAAUAAUUCAAUAUUAUAUAAUGGUAAUAGACAAGAGUAUGAAAAUAAAGUUAAAAUAUAUAUUCCAUAUUCUGAUGAAUUUGUUUCUGCCCCAACUAUUAGUGAAGGAAACAUCGCUGUGAUAACUGGUUUAAAAGAAACUAGAACUGGUGAAAGUUUAUUUGAAGAUGUUAAAUGUUUUAAAGAUGGUCUAAAAAAUUUAAGAAAUGAAUAUGAUAAUGAUGCCAUUCCAGAUAUAGAAAAAACAUUUAUUCUUGAAAAUGAAAAUGGUGUCGUAUAUUUAGGAAUAAAUCCACCUGAUCCAGUGUUUUAUUGUUCAAUUGAACCACCAAGUCAACAACUUAUGACAAAAUUUGAAAGAGCUUUAGAAGAAAUUUGUAAAGAAGAUCCAUCUGUUAAAAUUUCAUAUGAUAAAAAUAGUGGUGAAACUAUUUUAGAAGCUAUGGGUGUGUUACAUAUUGAAAUUAUAAAAGAUCGUCUUAAAAGACACUAUGGUUUAGAUGUUUUUCUUGGUAAACUUCAAGUUAGUUAUCGUGAAGUAGUUACAUGUGAAGUUGAAGAUUCAGCUUUUGUUGAAACCACAUUUGGUGAUGGAAAUAAAAAACAACAUUGUGAAAUUGGAAUGAAAAUUGUACCGAAAAAAAAUUGUGGAAAAUUUAAAAAUGUUGAUGUUAAAUUACCUACUGAAUACCAAAAUAAUAUGUUUCCAAAUUCUAUACGUCCUGAUUGGUACAAAGCAAUUAAUGCAGGUUGUAAAAAUGCUUUAUAUAAUGGUCCAUUACUUGGUUUUCCUGUUGAAGAUGUUGAAAUUACAGUAACUCAUUUUAAAACAAGUGGAAAUAAAAUAAAUAUUUCUUUAGUUUCAGCAGCUGCAAAUGAAUGUGUUAAAAAAUGUUUAAUUAAUUCUGAAGUGAAAUUAACAGAACCUUAUGUUAAAUUGAAUAUUUGUGUAUAUGAUGAUGCUGCAGAAUCUUCCAUUAGUGGUGUUCUUCAUGAAUUAAAUAAAAGAAGAGCUGAAAUUUUAGAUGUCAAAGGUGAAUCUACUAGCAACAAACAUAAAACUAUCAAUAUUACUGCUCUUAUGCCUUUAAUUGAAACUACCGAUUUAUCAAAAGCUGUUAGAAGCGCUGCUUCUGGAAUGAUUACUUUUAAUUUUACCAUUGAAGGUUAUCAAUAUGUUUCAGAAGCUGAAACAAAUAGAUUAGUUAGUAAACGAUAA